AUGCAAUAUGCAAACCGAAUUAUCUCAGUAAUAGGUGCUAGCACUUAUUUAGUCGGAGAAGCCAACGAGAACUCCACUUAUAAAAAAAUAGGGGGGACUGUUGCGGUAGCUUCUCUUUAUAUAGAAUUCUUGGCUUCUUACGGCAAGGAAAAAUUAUUCAAAACUGGAGAAAGACAAAAAAAAGAUACUGAAACCCUCGGUAAUAAUUAUUUGAAAUUAGCAGAAAUACUUAAACCUAUUCGCACUCCUAAAUCUUUAGGAAAGUUAAAAGAAGUGAUUAAUUCUUUAAAAAAAACAAUAAAUGAAGUUAUAGAAAAAGAUGAUGACGAAAGAAGAACUAUUAAACGAGAAGAAGUAAAAAAAUUAAUGGAAAUUUUACAGGAGGCAGUCAGUGAGUAUCAACAAGGAGUAUCGGAAAAAGAAAUAGAAGAUAAAAUAGAAAGCAAACUAGAUGAUAUGUUAUUGGAAAAAAGAGCAACUCAAGGUAAAAUUAGAAGAAUUAUAGAAUUUAAAAAAACCAAACAAACUGUUGCUUAUUUAGAAAUCACAUCCAAAUAG